CUUCCCACCGCACAUUCUGCUGUUCUAAUAAACAAAUAGCUGAAGAAAUUUUAGAUUUUUGUUAAUUUUCCGUGAAAAACCGUGAUUUUUCGUCGCAAUGGAGUGGUUAUUCGGCAAACGCUUGACUCCGGACGAGAUGAUGCGCAAAAAUCAGCGCGCCCUCAACAAGGCGAUGCGCGAUUUGGACCGCGAACGCAUGAAGAUGGAGCAGCAAGAGAAAAAAAUUAUCAUGGACAUCAAGAAAUUGGCAAAGGAUAAUCAGAUGGAUGCCGUCAAGAUCAUGGCGAAGGAUCUCGUACGCACCCGAAAGUCCGUACGGAAGUUUAUGCUCAUGAAAACGAACAUCCAGGCAGUCAGUUUGAAGAUCCAGACAUUGAAGUCACAGAGUACGAUGUCGCAAGCCAUGAAGGGUGUCACCAAGGCCAUGACAAACAUGAAUCGUCAGAUGAAUUUGCCGCAAAUCCAGAAGAUUUUGCACGAAUUUGAGAAGCAAUCCGAAAUUAUGGACAUGAAGGAGGAAAUGAUCAACGAAACCAUCGACGACGCGUUGGAAGACGAGGGCGACGAAGAGGAAUCUGACGCCAUUGUCAAUCAAGUAUUAGACGAAUUAGGCUUGCAAUUGGGUGAUAAGUUGGCAGAUUUGUCUGUCGCUACGGGAACGUUGAACCCGGCGGCAGGCAGCAAAGUACCGCAAGCAGUUGGAGCAACGGGAGGAGGCGGCGGCGGUGCUGUUCCAGCAACUCCCACCAACGAUGCAGAUGCCGACUUACAAGCCCGAUUGGAUAACUUGCGUCGUGAAUGAACAAACUUUGAUUGAAUUACGGAUCUAAUUAUUUUUUAUACACGAAUGAUGAGGAAAAAUACUCGUCGUUUCACUUUAAAACUAACACUGAUGUUAUUCCAAAUAAAUAAAAAGAGCAACUUAACGCGAUAAGCCUUAAAAAUUCA